CUGAGUGUGAAAGUAUUUCUCCAAUCCAACGAACUAUUACUGAACUUUAUCUUCAAUCCAAUUAUUAAAACUGUGGUACACAAUAUUAGCUCAUUUAUAACUGCAGCCUGCUCAUCAUUUGUUGCGCUGUUGCAAGCACAUCCAGCCAGCUGCAUCAAUCCAUUUCUAGAUUAACACUCAAUAUAUAUAACAUACGCUGCACAGAGCUGAAACACAGGUUCCGACACAAUUGAACGUCCGCGUAAAUGUUUGCCAAUCAAUAUAUUUUUUUUGUGUUGCAUUGCAGCGGGACAGCUCGUCGCAUAAGAAUCAAGCUGCAGCCGUUGGGGCGCAUGCUGGCCGUCUAGCGGUUCGCUGCCCACAGCCCACACCCCACAGCCCUCAGCCCACAGAUCCCCAGAUCUUCUUCCCCAGGCCAAAUGUAUGCCGGCCGGGCCACGCAAUUCGCAAAGACUAUCAGCAGCAUGGCGUGCAGCAUACAAAAGCAGCCCUCGCAACCAGCAUCGACGGCUACCAUGACUAUGACCGCUACUGCCGUGGGCAUUGGCGGUGUAACCGGAGUGGGUGGUGCCAGUGGGGCAGGCACUGUGCCCUCUACGCCCAAGUCCAACAAGUCAGCGGCCCAGCCGCGUGGCUCGCUGCCUACGGACGUGCAUCAGCCGCCUUUGGAGUUUCAAUGGCCACCACCUUUGCCCGUUUCCAGUCACACGAGUAACUUGCGCCUCAAUAUGAUGAAUCAGGAUCCAAAGGACUUGCACACAGCACGAGCUAUCAUCGAAGAGCUGCGCUCCAAGGUGCGCUUCCAGACGGAACACAUUAUGAAAUGGCGCAAGGCCUAUGCCAUGCAGGUGCAGCAGCAUUACCGCUAUCAGAAGGAGAAAUCGGAUCAGAUGAAUUCGCUGACGUCACAGCUGCUUCUGCUGGAGUCGCGGCUUAAGCGCAAGCAGAAGCAAAUCUCAAGUCUAUUGAGCCAUCGAGAGCUUACCAUACAGCGUCAGCAGAAGAUUAUAGAUACGCUGUCCACUCGCCUGGUGGAUCACGGACUGGAGAGCAUCGAGGCGAGCUAUGCGAAUGAGCUGGACUCGCUGAACGACUCCGAUUCGGCGGUCGUGCUCGAGGACAUUGACUCAGACAGCAAUAUGACACUUGGUACGCGUCGCAAGAGUAGCGGAGGCGGUGGAUUGGGCGGUGUCCUAGCUAGUGAUGGCAUUACCAUCGUGCGCUCCAUAUCAGAUGCCAUUGAGACGAAUUUGAAUAAGUAUGGAGCGGCCAGACGCAACAAUUGCUAUCUGCGUCGUCCGGAUAUACUGGAGACGGUGUACUCCGUAGAGGAGGAUCCGGAGCCAACCACAGAUGUUGCCGAGAAGCGAGACAAGUUUAAGAAUCGCUCGGACAAAGCACUCAGCUCUAGCUCAACCGAGGGACAGAUCGAUGGAGUGUCGGAUGCCACGGACAGCAAAGCCAAAGAUAGGGACAUAGGGACGGCCAUGGCCGUGCCGCGUCGCCAAUUAGGCGCACUGAAACGCUCGCCUAGCCACGACGCCACGCCCUGCACCACACUUAGUAUGAAGGUACCACAACUACAACCACAAACCCCAAGCCCAGUUGCGGACCAGUCCAAUGGCAAGUCACAGGUGACGACCUACAAUCGUGUCAUGUCCAAUCAUCGAUCCGUAACCAAGCCCAAGGAUGUGAAGUACAAACGCAUCAAUAAGGCCAAGUCCAAGAGUCUCGAAGAGCUGCGUGGCCGACUCAAGAAUCUGGUGGAGCAGCGGCCCGGUCUCGACGCCGGCUACACAGCCGGCAUGAUGCCCCAAACGGCGCAAUCGUAUGCGUGACCCACGGAGCAGCUCGUUGAGGGGCCGGUGCCACCAACGGAGGUAGACGGGGCGGCAGCUACAACUGGCCAAGCCAGCUUGUCUGCAGGCCAUACGCCUGAUCAGACGACGCCGCAGCGGCACGGCUGUCCCAAGCGUUCGUUAACGCUGCCUCGCAUCCUGGUGCCGCAAUCAGUGCUGGGGGCAUCGCACUCUGGCAGUGGGGGCGGCACUGGGCGGGGUGGUUUCUAGCAAUUAAAGAAAUUUUUCAUACGCAAUUGUGAUAAAAAGUAAAAUUGUUCUCUUGCAUCUCUCUCGCGCUCGCUAACUUAUUGCUACACUCAGAGAAACUUGUUAAAGUUCAGCAAAAUUCAAUAUACUUUAAUUUUAAUUUAUACCAAAUGUUUACGAAACACUCAACUAUUUGAAUCUAGCAAACUUAUUCCGUUCAGGCUAUAUUCUUUAGUAUAUUAGUGUUUCUCUGAGUGUAGUCUGUUUUGUAACAUUUGUUUCCUGCGCUGUCUUUUGUGUGACGCUCAGACACAGCAUUUAAUUUAAUUUAGUUUUACGUUUACUUUUAUGUUCAAAUGUUUUUUAUAAUAUGAUUUCACAUGAAUAAAUACAUAACAAAGCAUACACAAUUUCUUUUUUUC